ACAGGCAGUGAGAGGAAAGUCAGCUUUGAGAAGGGGCUAUUGGGGACACAGAGAGGAGAGCAGCAGAUCACAGCUCGAGCUAUACCCGGGACAUGACUGAGAUCCAUCCUCUGUAUCGACGUAAAACAAUGUACGAAUUGCAUCAACUGAUAUCAAGAUAAAAAAACACACACACAAGAAAGCAAAACGAUCGACACCCAAUACCAACGCCAAUAGAGCAGAGAGGAAACCGAAGCAGAAACGAAAACCAGACGACACACUUCCAUGGGUGAGGUUUAAAGGACCCUUAUUUUUUUUUGGGGGGUGGGGGGUGGAAACGAAAUUGGACUUAUUCCACCCCACCACAAAAAAACUGACCUAAAAUAGAGAGAAGGAGUGGGAGAGAUGCAGACGAGACGGAGGAAAAGGUUGGCUUGGAACCGAGUUAUCUUCCUGUUCUCAUGUCUGGUCACUUGUUGCCUGUAUCAGGUCUCAGUCAGUGACUUUCUGCUGUCAGCACCGAGGAGAGCGCAGGAUGGAGAGGGGUCCAGAGGUGCAGGGGACGGGGUGCAGGGUAGGAGGCUCCUGGAGAGCAGUACCAAUCCCACCAUCAUGGUCAAGUCCACCUCAUCCAUCCCCUCCCCCAAUCCCAGGACCCCCGGCACCCCAUCUCCAAGGGGACUCGCGCUCACCACCGUGACCCCAACCCCAACCCGCACCCUCGGCCCCGAGACGAACCACACCCCCCAAGUCACAGCGAAACCCGUGGUCACGGAGAAACCUAGGUUGAGAGGAUGUAUAUUGGUUGGGAAUGAGAUUAUCCCAGCGACCACCACCCCAACCCCCACCACCACUCCUUUCCCCAACACCACAAUCACUCCCCCAAACAUCACCAUCUCCAGGGAACCUCCCUUGGCCCACACCAAGGGGGACUACCCUCAGGAUCUGUUCAGCGUGGAGGAGCGCAGGCAAGGCUGGGUGGUCCUCCAUUUGUUUGGGAUGAUGUACAUGUUCGUCUCUCUGGCUCUGGUGUGCGACGAAUUCUUCGUGCCAGCCUUGGGGACCAUCACCACAAAGUUGGACAUCUCAGACGAUGUAGCUGGAGCUACUUUCAUGGCCGCCGGUGGCUCGGCUCCGGAACUCUUCACGUCCUUGAUCGGCGUCUUCAUCUCCCACAGUAACGUGGGGAUCGGGACCAUCGUGGGAUCUGCUGUGUUCAACAUCCUGUUUGUGAUUGGCAUGUGCGCUGUCUUCUCCCGAGAGAUCCUCAACCUGACCUGGUGGCCUCUCUUCAGAGAUGUCUCCUUCUACAUUCUAGACUUGAUCAUGUUGAUCAUCUUCUUCUUAGACAAUAUCAUCGUCUGGUGGGAGAGCAUGUUUCUGUUUUCUAGCUACAUCCUUUACGUCAGCUUCAUGAAAUAUAACUCGAAGAUGGAAAAACUGUUCAGGAGGUACAUCCUAAACAACAGUAACAUUGUCAAAGUCCUCUCUCUGAUGGAUAAAGAAAAGAAACCCGAUGAAACAGGAUCCAGUGAGGAACCAGACGACAAGAACAGACUUAAGCCCAAACCGGCUCUCCAACGAGGAGGAAGCACAGCAUCGCUGCACAACAGCACAUUGCGAAGCACCAUCUUCCAGCUCAUGAUUCAUACCCUGGACCCAUUGGGUGAAGAGGUAGUAGCAGAUGGAAAUGUAAAACCCUCCAUGUCCAAGAAGGAGAAAGUGAAGUUUAAGGACAAAGCUGAAAUAAUGAAAAAUAUGACCCAGGGCAAGGGAAAUUCAAAAGAGCCACAAGGAGUCAAGGCCAGAGGUGGGUUUAGAAAUCAGAAGGUGAAUAAAAAUGAAAAGGUGGAUAAAAAUGUGCUCGAAAAGACUGAGGUCGAUAAGAAUGAGGUCGAUAAGAAUGAGAAGCUGGAUCUUCCGAAUACAGUGAAUGUAGAAGUUACUCCUCCCUCUGACUCGCCCGGUCCGUUACAGCAGGAGGACGCUGAAGAUCAGGCGAAACCCACAGGAGACCAAAAACCAGACGAUGAAGACCCUGGUGACGAUGGUGGUGGUGGUUCUGACGGGAGUGACAAGGAUGACGAGGACGAAGAUAGUGAUGAUGAUAGUGACGAGGACAGCGAUGAUGAUGAUGAGGACGAGCAAGAGGAUGAUGAAGAGCCUUUAAGCCUAGAAUGGCCGGACACCUUGAGAAAACAGGCGACUUACCUCUUCCUGCUGCCCAUCGUGUUCCCUCUCUGGCUAACGUUACCUGACGUCCGAAACCAUGCUUCUAAGAAAUUCUUCCCCAUAACUUUUAUUGGAUCAAUUUUAUGGAUUGGUGCUUUUUCGUACUUGAUGGUGUGGUGGGCUCACCAGGUUGGUGAAACUAUUGGGAUCUCCGAAGAGAUCAUGGGUUUAACGAUCCUUGCUGCUGGAACCUCAAUCCCUGACCUGAUCACCAGUGUCAUCGUGGCCCGUAAAGGUCUGGGUGACAUGGCUGUCUCGAGCUCAGUGGGAAGCAACAUAUUUGACAUCACCGUGGGGCUUCCGAUUCCCUGGCUAUUGUUCACCUCAUUUAACUCAUUCCAGCCGGUUGCCGUGAGUAGCAAUGGCUUGUUCUGUGCUAUUGUCCUGCUGUUCCUGAUGCUGCUGUUUGUAAUCAUGUCUAUAGGCCUGUCCAAGUGGAAAAUGAACAAGUUCCUGGGCUUUACCAUGUUUGGCCUGUACUUUGUGUUUUUAAUCAUCAGUGUGUUGCUCGAAGACAGGUUUAUAGUGUGCCCGGUGUCCAUAUGAACUCUGACUUUCUACCCCGACAUUUCAGAGGACACUGUGAAGGAUUGGGUUUGCUACAACGACAAAAAACUGAAGGAAACAUCCCAACACAUAAAGUUCAUCUGUA